AUGAAUUCAAGUUUGAAACUUAAAUUAUCAUACUUUGGAACUGUUCUCGUAUCAUCAAUUUCUGGUACUCAGUAUCUCUUUUCAGCUUAUAGUACCGCAUUAGCUGAUCGAUUAGGAUUUAAUUCGGUUCAAAUAAAUACUAUCGGAAGUGCAGCAAAUUAUGGAGUUUUUUUAAGUACUCCAUUUUUUGGCUAUAUUGUUGAUAAUUAUGGAUCUCGAAGGACGUGUUUAUAUUCAUCAUUUUUUGUUUUUACUGGUUUCUUUUGUCUUGCGAUGACAUAUGAAGGAAUUUUUAAAUCAACUUCAUUUAUUUUAUGUGCUUUUUACCUUUUUAUAUCUGGAGUUGCAUCAUCAGCAGCUUUUGGAUUCCCGGUGGCUGCAUUUGGUCUUUCCGCAUUUUUAUUAUCUCAAAUUAAUAACUUAUUUUUUAAAAAGGAUACAUUUAGUUUUUUGAUUUUUCUUUCAAUUGCUACAGGUUCAUAUGUGUUAUUAUUUGGUGCCGUAAUGUUAUUAUUAGCUGGCACAGGACUUAUGUAUAUAAAUAAUGUGGGAGCGAUUAUUAAGUAUCUUUAUUUAACUAAUUCUGAUAAAAAUAAUAAUCUCACGAAUUCUAUUCAAGAAGGUUCUUCUCACAAAAUUCAAGGAUUACAAAAUUUUCAUGUUUCUUUACUUUCAAUAAGUUCAUGUAUUGGUAGAAUUUCCGCUGGAAUUUUUUCAGAUAUUACUAAAGAACAAUUUAAAAUUAGAAGAAUUCUUUAUUUAUUUUUAUCAGGAAUUUAUUUAUUAUCAGGUCAUUUGCUCAUGGGAUUUUUUAUAAAUUCAUUAAAUUAUUUAUAUCUUGUAACUAUUUUAAUGGGAUUAGGAUACGGUACAGUGUUCUCUAUUGGUCCAGUUAUUACAAAUGAAUGGUUUGGAUCGCGAAGAUUUGGGUUUAAUUGGGGUGUAAUGACAAUUUUCGCAGGAAUGGGAGGUCAAUUAUUUAAUUUAUAUUUUGGUUAUAAUAAUGAUUUACAUCAAAAAAAUAAAUGUUCCGGAACUGAAUGUUAUAAACAAGCAUUUUAUCUAAGUUGUUCGGGAAUAAUAAUAUCUAUAGGAAUUAUCACAAGAUUAUUAUAUAGAAGGAUAAAAAGAGAUAAUUAUCAACGAUUAUAA